AUGACAAGGGCUACAACAAUUGAGGAUAACACUGGUUUUACUGGGAUUUUCAAUUUUGUACGCGCUCAAGUCCUAGCGCUCAUUCAUGAAACAGCAAGAAAUCGAAGAGAGAAGUCUUUGUUGCGAGCCAUGCUUAGAGUAGACCCUGCACCAGGUUAUGGAUUUGACGCCAUUACUGCUCAAGGUGCACCGUGCCUUGAUUACGAUACAGGAGUCUGCAUUCAUGCCAUGGUGCUGAAGAAUGUCGAUGGAGCCCUUUUUCGACCUUUGCAGCUGAUCUACGACUGGAAGUUGCUGCAGGAUUCAAGAGAGAUUGUGUUCCCUGUUUUUGCUCGCACUGUCACAUACGCCGGUCGUGUUUUACGCGCACCCAUCAUUGAGGAAUUGGAGUUACCAGAAUAUCAGAGGUUCAACUACGAACGCUUUGGUCGUGGAUUCUUUGGGAACGUUGGGUGCAACAAGACCAUCAUGCUUUCGACGUAUGGUCAUUUGCUCAACAAUAUCAACUCUUUAAUCAAGAUUGUUAACCGUUGGGCCAAUAUCGUAUCCACCAGAAAUAGCUAUCAAGAUGCCAACGGGCAGCAGCAACAAUACCGCACUUAUACCAUCAUAGGGUUCCAUCAUUAA